AUGAGGGCUGAGAAAACAGAGGUACUCAGUGAAGACCUGUUGCAGAUCGAGAGACGUCUUGACACUGUGAGAUCUGUUUGCCACAUUGCACAGAAGCGAUUAAUUGCAUGUUUUCAGGGCCAGCAUGGUACAGAUCCUGAUAAGAGACAUAAAAAACUUCCUCUGACAGCUCUUGCUCAAAAUAUGCAAGAAGGAUCUGUCCAGCUAAGUGAUGAAACUCUGUUGGGGAAAAUGCUAGAUACAUGUGGUGAUGCAGAGAAUAAACUGGCAAUGGAGCUCUCUCAGCAUGAAGUACAGAUCGAAAGAGAAGUUUUAGAUCCACUGUGUCUACUAACAGAGACAGAGAUCCCAAACAUUCAGAAGCAGAGGAAACAGCUUGCAAAGCUGGUGUUGGACUGGGAUUCUGCAAGAGGGAGGUAUAAUCAAGCCCACAAGACUUCAGGAACAAAUUUUCAAGUGCAUCCUUCAAAAAUAGAAUCUCUUAAAGAAGAGAUGGAUGAAGCUGGAAAUAAAGUAGAACAAUGCAAGGAUCAGCUAGCAGCAGACAUGUAUAACUUUGUGUCCAAAGAAGGGGAAUAUGCUAGAUGUUUUGUUAUGUUAUUAGAAGCACAAGCAGAUUACCAUAGAAAAGCAUUAGCAGUCAUAGAAAAGGUCCUACCCGAAAUUCAAGCCCAUCAAGACAAAUGGACUGAAAAACCAGCUUUUGGAACUCCACUAGAAGAGCAUCUCAAGCGCAGUGGUCGUGAAAUUGCAGUCCCUAUCGAAGCCUGUGUAAUGAUGCUUUUGGAAACGGGAAUGAGAGAGGAGGGCUUAUUCAGAAUUGCUGCUGGAGCCUCCAAGUUAAAAAAGCUGAAAGCUGCGUUGGACUGUUCAACUUCCCAGCUUGAUGAAUUUUAUUCCGAUCCCCAUGCUGUUGCAGGUGCCUUGAAAUCCUAUUUGCGAGAGUUGCCAGAACCUUUAAUGACCUACAGUCUAUAUGAAGAAUGGACACAAGCUGCGAAUAUUCAGGACCAGGAUAAGAAGCUACAAGAGUUAUGGAGAAUUUGUAACAGAUUACCUAAGCAUUAUCAUGCUAAUUUCAGGUAUUUAAUCAAAUUUUUAGCAAAGCUUGCACAGAACAGUGAUGUUAACAAAAUGACACCCAGCAAUGUUGCAAUAGUCUUGGGCCCCAACUUGUUAUGGGCAAAGAAUGAAGGAUCCCUUGCUGAAAUGGCAGCAGCAACUUCAGUCCAUGUGGUAGCAGUUAUUGAGCCAAUUAUUCAGCAUGCAGACUGGUUCUUCCCUGGAGAUCAAGAUUUCAAUGUGUCUGGGGCAUUUGUUGCAAUUCUUGCUGUUAAUUCAAAUCACUUGUCACACACUGGGAAUGAAUAUGAAUCUGGGACACUGGAACGGAAGAGGCCUGUUAGUAUGACUGUAAUGGAAGGGGAUUUAUUGAAGAAGGAAAGCUUUGGUGUCAAGGUUAUGGACUUCCAAGCGAAUCCUCGGAGAUGUGGCACUAUAAAUAGAAAGCACACAUCCCCAGCUUUCCAGCCACCACUUCCACCCACGGAGGCUGGCGUGCUGGCUCAGUCUGGAGCGGAGCAGCACUCACAAGCUUCUGUGGCUGAAACAAGCCCAGUGGGUGCUGGUUUUGCUCUCUCUGCUGGCACAGCAGAACAGUUACAAAGUCAAGGAAAUGAGGAUGUCAGUGCCUCAAAAUCUAAGGACAACACAUCUUCAGCUACUCCUCCACCAGUGAGAAAUGGCGGGCAUGCGGGCACUGUCCAGAACCAGUCAACAAGUAGCGCUAAUCAGCUUUCUGUUAAUCAGCCACAGAAUGCAGCAGGUCCCAGUCCCCAUUCAAUGAGGAGAGCUGUUAAAAAGCCUGCACCAGCCCCUCCCAAGCCAGCCAACCCACCUCCAGGGCAGCCAGGAAGCCAAAGUUCUGCCCCAGCUGCUCAGCUGCCUUCUGUCUCUCCAAAACCACCUGCUAGAAGUUCUUCUCCUCCUGCUCAGCAUGCAAACCAAGGAGCAGCCCAGACCUCCACUUCCCAGGUUUCUGCACCUCGGAGAUAUUCCAGCAGCCUUUCCCCAAUACAAGCUCCCAGCCAUCCACCACCACAGCCCCCAACACAGGCUACUCCUCCACUGCAGCCCAAAUCAAACAGUCAAGCAUCUCCUCCUGCUGCACCCAGCAGUGAGCAUGGACCAGAGCAGCCCUGUUACACUCCUCCACAGACUCCAACACCACCCGAUACACCCCCUCUAGGAAAACAUAAUACUAGUUCCCCAUCGUCACAGUCACAGCCAUCUUCUCAAGACACAUCCCAGUCUCACUCUCCACCUCAGACUGGUACACUGCCAAGGCCACGGCCGGUACCAAAACCCAGAAAUAGACCUAGUGUUCCCCCUCCGCCUCAUCCUCCUUCUCAGCUGGCUGGAGAUGGUGGUAUUGCAAAUCCCACGCAAACAGCUUCCAAAAUAGUAACAGACUCUAAUUCCAGUAUUCAAGAACCACUUCAAAACCCUUCUUCAGAGCUUCUUACAGAGACAGCGAGCAAAGAACUGCACAACCAUCUCAUGCUCGAUAUUGACAAUGAUACAGAAAGCACUGCUCUGUAAUGGAAACUCUCGAACUUUUUAAAGGUUCCUCUCCUG